AUGGAUCCGCUUUCCUUGGACGUUGUACAUGCAGCUCAAGACUGUCUUGCUAAAUGGGAAAAUGGCGGGAGCGCCUCUUGCCGUAAAAUCCUAAUGGAGCCUCAUUCGAACCCGCUUGAUCCCAGUUGCAACGACGUGCUGACAACUGUGUACCAUACGCUUCUUGCCUCCACUCUCUCGAGUUGGUCACCGAAGCACACGCUCACGACUGAUUCAUUCAUUGUGUUUGUUCAGUCGGUCCUUGACCAUGUCCCGUCAUCUUCCAUUUCUGCCGUCAAAUCUUCUAAUACGGUAAUUUUUGGUGAAAUUCUUGUCGACAUCGUUUGGACAAUCGAUGCCGAACUGGAGGAGAUACUUGCCGACACCAAGGCCGCUACUAACGCAGAGCAGGGGAGCGCUGGCUUGACCGCGAAGGACAAAGAAGAUAUUGCGGCUACAGUGGCGAAGGUGCUACGAUCAAAGCAGAAUGCUGAGGCAGACAAGGCCACGCUAGCAACGAUAGUUAGACGACUACUUACUCUUGGUGUCCUUGAUACAGAUGUCUGCAGAGAGAGACUUGAUAUAUCCCUCAUCGCUAACGCUGGUCUUAUCACCGACAAGAAUGCUUUCGAGAGGAAGGAGAUCCGCACGAGAACUGGUCUCUUUUACAAGCAGAACAAGUUCAAUCUUCUCAGGGAGCAAUCUGAAGGUUACAGCAAGCUCACUACAGAGCUCACGAGCUGCUUAGGGCCGCCAAACUCUUCUGCUACGGGAUACCCGGUAGAAAGUCUUACUUCAAUCGAGGCACGCGCCCGUCCUGCAUGGGAACGCGUCGUAGGCCUCAUUGGCUACUUCGACCUCGAUCCCAACCGCGCGUUGGAUAUAAUUCUUGAUAUCUUCUCGACCCACCUUGCCACUCAUCACACGUUUUUCGUGUCGUUUCUUUCAUUCUCGCCUUGGUCAGUGCGCCGCAAGGAACAUCGCUCAGGCAAGGAAGAUGCCAUGGCUGUUGGUCCGGAUGGCAAUCAAUACCGGGGAAAGUCGUUGGAUGAAGUCCUAUUCGCGGCUGAGGCUUCAUCAAACCCUUGGACCGCCGAGCCACCACGAUUUUCAUCUGAAGGAAGUCAUACGAGAGUCUUGGCUCAAGUGCUGGGAUUUAAGUUCAGCCAUUAUCAGUCGCCAGAAGUUUCUGAGAUCACGCCGCACAGCCUGUUCUUGAUGACUGCAAUUCUUGUUCGAGAAGGCUUUAUCACAUUGGAAGAUGUCUAUGCUCAUAUAUCGCCCACAGACGAGGACAUGGAUAAUUGGAGAAAGGAGUACUUAGCAACUGUCGAUGCAAGAAUUUCGGGCGCAAAGAUUAGCCAGCUAGCGAUGGCUGCACCCCUGGAAUCAGGCACUCAGUCCUCCAAGUCCCGCCCAGCGGUGUCUUCAGAGCCAAAGAGAACCAGCGAGACGAAAGAAGUGCCAAACCAAAAGCUUGGGCUUCUGAAUGCAUUGCUGUCCGUCGGGGCUCUCAGACCCGCAGUCGCCAUCCUGUCGAAGUUUCCAUGGCUGGUCGACGCAUUCCCUGAGGUUGCCGACUUGAUGCUCCGCAUCUUGAAGCUUUCUCUGUCUGCGUUGUAUGACUCCACUCAACCGACAAAGGAGCGGAAUGCUAGUUUCACACAGCCGCGGGCUCGCUUUGGUCCCACCGGUGUAGUUGCCGCUCCUGAGCGAAAACCACAUCUUACUCUUUGCGCUCCUACACCUCCAAGCACAAUCAACAUCGACUUUGUAUUCUUCUUUCCAGACUGGUCACAACGUGUGCCCAUCUGCUCAACGUUGGAUGACUUGGUUGACGUUAUCGAACCUCUCAUGCAUUUCAUUGGACUGCACAUAUCUCGGGACAAUUCCUUCUUCACGAAAUUCCUACGUCUUGGCCGAACGCAUUUACAGCAGACGGUGGUUCUUGACCCAGACACAAGGAAGCCUACUAGUUCAACUGACCUCGAGCACCCUAUUCGUUUGUUCUGGUUUAAAAUUCUGCGGCUGUACCUGCUUCCAGCCCUUCCGCUCAUCCGUGGAAAUGCCGUUUGCACGGUAGAAGUGUGGAAUAUCAUGAGACUAUACGACACCACCCUCCGUUGGCAGUUGUACGGUGAAUGGAAGUCGAGCACCUACAAGUCGCAUCCCGAACUACGACUACGCCGGGUUCAAACUGACCGCGAAUCAAAGGGAAUAUUGCGUCGCGUUUCAAAGAAUACGAUGGAUACUCUUUCGGGGGCAGUGGCGAAGUUAGCUCACUCCAAUCCGUGCAUCUUCUUUGCAAACGCCGUCAACCAGAUCAUGGCUUACAGCAACAUGGCUGAAGUGGUCAUUCAGGCACUGAACUACGUGACCAUCAUGGGUUUCGAUGUCCUUGUGUACAUCGUCUUGGAGGCCCUAGCCAACCCUCACAAAGAUCGGUUCAAGAUUGACGGCGUGAACACGUCCGACUGGCUUCAGAACCUGGCUUCGUUCACUGGUAUGCUGUUCCGUCGCUAUAGUGCCGAUCUGAACCCGCUCCUCAAGUACAUUGUGCACCAACUCCACGGUGGCCAGACGACGGAAAUCGUAGUGCUACGGGAGCUGAUCUCGAAGAUGGCUGGCAUUGAACCCUUACCCGGUAUGACGGAUUCGCAGAUCACGGCGAUGGCAGGUGGCCCCGUGCUCCGUAUUGAAGCGGUUGCAUCGCGUAAUCGGGGGGCUCGCCUCGACCCGAGUGAUGCUGGAUUGAAGGGACCACAAAGACUUGGGAGAGCAUUACUAGAGUCGUCGUUGGCGCAGCCAUUACUCAUCCAAGUCGCUCAGCAAAGACAAUCGUGCGUUUUCCAAGCACCGAAUGCCCACCUGAAAUCGCUGGCCAACUUGUAUGACACUACGCACGGGGUGCUACUCCAAUACAUCGAGCUGCUCACUUCCCCGGCAGUAGUUCCUCCCCAAGAUUACGCUCAGCGUAUAUUACCUUCUCUCACCGACCUCAGUGAGAAAUACGGUAUAUGCGCUCCGAUAUGCAUGCAAAUGGUUCGGCCGGUGCUGAGUGGGGCUCUAUUGUCUGCUGCCCUGGAGAUGCAAGAACGAGAGCGGGUAGCGAGCGAGGAAGCUGAGAAGCGUCUCAAGGCUGCUCUCACUGCAAAGCGAGAACCUAAUGCUUCGACUUCUCGCGUCGCUUCCCCUGGCAUGGGCGAUAAUUCUACGGCCACGGAAUCUCAUACAGAUGCCAGAGCCAGCGUGGCGGAGACACAUGCGGCGGACGUAUCGAUGGAGUCACCAUCAGAAGGUCAGGGCAACUCUACUCCUCAUACGACAGAGUCACCUUGGUUACCAGAGCUGUAUCCUUAUUUCGACGUGGUCAAGAAGAUCGCUCCUGGAAAUGCCGCUGAAAUAAUGGGGCCUGGUUUCUACCUUACUUUCUGGCAGCUUUCAACCUACGACCUUACUCCUCCGGCUGCAAGAUACGACGAAGAAUGUGCCGCGCUGCGCGCCCUGAGUCGACAAGAGGAUGCUAGAUAUAACGCAGCGGAUCGCUCGUCCGACAGGGCAAAACGACUAACGGCGGCUAACCAUAGGGACAGGCGUAACCGAUACAAUACUUAUGUCAAUCUGCUGGGUCAAGAGUUGAAAGAGCAAACUGCCGCCCGUGUAUUCACAAUCAAGCGUCUCGCUCGUGAAAAGCAGCAUUGGUUCUCACACAAUCCCAAGGCAGCUGUUCUUGCAGCAUCAUUCAUAGAACACUGUCUCCAACCCCGUUGUCUUUUGUCUCCAAUGGAUGCGGAUUUUUGUGCCCAGUUCAUCAAAGUAAUCCACUCACAAGGUACACCUGGCUUCUCCACUCUCAUGUGUUAUGACAAGAUAUUGGGAGACCAUGUGAAAGUCGUUAUUUUCUCGUGUAGUGAAUACGAGGCUAAGAAUUAUGGGCGCUUCCUACUAGGAAUUCUGACAGAUGUAGCCAAAUGGUACCUAGAUGAACAAGCGUUUCUUCAAGAGAAUCGUACAAAGACUGGCGGCAAAACAACGUAUCUUCCUGGGCUUCAGCGGCGCUGGACUGCCAAGAGUGCACUCACGAUCGAGGAUAUUAUUCCUUGGCUCGACUACAAGCAGAUAGUACGCAAAUGGCAUAGAAAGCUAUUAAAGUGUCUCCUGGAUUGCAUAGAAACUGCUGAAUUCAUGCAUGUGUAUAAUGCUAUCGUUGUUCUAAAGGAGAUUCUGCCGGCCUUCCCUGUAGCGACGGUGAACGAAUAUGCUGGGAGUAGCUUGAAUAUGGCCAUGGAGCGUUUGUUGGACAAGGAGGAUCGUGGUGAUAUCAAGAUUUUUGGUCGGGCAUAUCUUGCUAGCCUCAAGAAAAGAGAAGCUAGUUGGAUGGCGCCAAAAACUAAAGCCGCUCCUGCAGGCACGGCCUCUAGGCCAGCAACGAAUGGUGCCGACAAAGCUCGUACUGCCACUCCGCCUGUCAACCCUGUUCCUGGAGGUCUUGCUGCCGAAGUUCGCCGGCCGUCCAGUGCUUUACCAGCCUCUACGCCGUCUGCACCUCGGGCCCAGCUAGCGGGAAUCAAUGGCACCCCACAUACGGUUGGCGAUCGACCGGGUUCGACAAUCUCAUCUACCAAGCUAGCGAUGGAAAGUGUGCCGAGACCUGACGUUGUGAAGAGGGUUAGAACUGAUUCGAGACCCCCGGAAGCCAGUCAAACCGCUAGUCAUGUGAAAGCGACCACGAAUGGAGAACCGAUGGAUGUUGACCAUCCAAUUCCGCGUGUGGACGAGAACGCGAUAAACACCUCCUUACCCGCACGUCCAUCUCGCGUAGUCUCUACGAACGUUCAAUCUGCACAAUAUGACAACACUGUUCCUACUCCCGCCAAAGAUCUUCCUCGACCACCAGAAGCACCUGUCGCCUCCAUAUCAGACGAGGUUGAUGGUGGCCGGACACUCGCAGGUCACAUCCCUAGACCUCUCCAAGUCACUGCUGCGUCUGAGCAGAAGGUUCCUCGUGUGGAUUCCCCACAGACCAUGCCUCCUCCGUCCAUCCCGAGCCAGACAUUGUCCGCACAAGAACUAAGGGAGACCGCUAAGCAGAGUCGCUCGCUGUCGGAGAAGAACGAAGAGAAGCAGCCUCAGCCAUCGACGGAGACUCGCAGUCAGGCGGCGCCUGCUGUACCAUCACCAUCUUCCCGCCGUCGAUCACCGUCACCCUCAAGUCGGCCAGGGACUAGGAACGCUAGUGCAGAAAGUCGGGCGAGUGGUGGCCGUCGUUCAAAUCGCGGUGACGGAGAUCGUUCGGAGGAAAAGCGCUCAGAGCGUGAAGCUCGUCAAGACACCCGUGACCUAUCACGCCGCGAGAGUGCCAGCCAUCCUCGUGGCGAAGGAAACACAAGAAGAACACGCGAUCCUGACAGAGACAAGGAAAUCGAGCGGGAUAGGGACAGAGGUCGGGACAGGCACGGGGACAGAGAGAGAGGACGAGACAGGGAUCGUGACAGAGAUCGUGACAGAGACAAGGACCGGGACAGAGAUCGUGACAGGGAUAGAGACCGCGACAGGGACCGGGACAGGGAUCGCGACCGUGAACGCGACAGAGAUAGAGACCGUCACCGUCGAGAUGAAAAAGAUCGCGACCGGGACAGGAAGGAGAGAGACGCAGCAACUCGUGGAUCUUCCGCUGCAACAACCACUCCAGCUCCUACUGAUGACCGCGGUCUUCCUACGAGACCUGAUCCUUCUCGCCACCGUCCGGCCACCCAGCAUAGUGACGAUGCUUUGGGUAAGCGGAGGAGGCUCACCGACGACGACAGUGACCGCAACUCGAAGCGAUCGUCUCGUAAAGAGAGCCAUCAUGAAGACAGGAGCCGCCGUUCCUCAGACAAAGACGGUCAUGACCGGCCUCGCGAAUCUGACCGUCGAAGAAAGGAGCGGGAGGCGACCGAGUCCGACAACAGAAGCCUUGCAGUGGAUACCAAGUUCGGCGACAAACGGAUUCCGGACGGUCCUUCAUCAGCGAAGUCGCUACCCCCAAGUACUCCAUCUGCUCCUCGAGCGAUGGCCUCGGGCGAUGGCUCUCGCAAUCUGAAGCCUGACCCAUCAGCGCCACGUGACAGAGACUGGAAAGUUACCCCGAUCGGUCCUUCUGCGAGUUUGGGCAGCGUUUCUAGUUCACAGGACGUAGGUAUAUCGGGUGGGAGCUUGCGCUCCCGUAUAGGUGCCAAGGAACCCCCUCCACUUCCACAAGCCCCAUCGAGCUAUCGGUCUGAGGCUGCAGCUGAUCGGAAGUCUGACCUCCCGAACAGAGAUGAUGAACGGGACGGUAGUAGAAAGCGAACGCUGUCCGAGCGCGAGAAAGAGGCCGGUGAUGCCGCACCUGGUACCAGCGAGUCCGCCGGACCGCCAAAGCGUCCCCGUAUCAAUCGCAAUCGUUACCCGUCUAUUCACGGUGUUGUGAAGAACUUGCUGCCCCUCGAACAACAGGCGGACAAGAGUCGUACUAGUCGAAAUCCUUAA